AUGGAGCCCAUGAUUGGCCCCCAAUUAGGCCUAAUUUGGUCCUAUUAUGCUCAAAAAUCUUUCAAUGACUUUCCUUGGCCCAAGAACGCGCUAACCGAGAGUCUCCGCAUUGCCAUUUCCCACAACGGUAAAAUUGGCCGGCGAUCCGAGUCAGGGUUACAAGCCUCAGCAGGGCCCAACCACUCACAUCGCCGCCUGUUUCGGGCACCCUGGCUUGUGGGGCUCAAAGAUUUGCGAAAUUGGGUCAUAGGAGGACCCUUCUGGUACGGUGGCGCUAUUGAACCCUGA